AUGGCAUCUGCUUCUGCUUAUGCAGCAAACUCGUUUGCGGCUACAGCGUCGAAUUACGUAAAUUCAGGUUCUGCAUCAGCUACUAACAAUGACAGUGCCCCAAAAUUUGAUGAAUAUCGCUCACGUGUAAUGCUGGGAGAUUUGCCGGAUGAUUUUUUGCGCAUUCAGUUAACACGUACUCAGUUCUAUUAUGAUCCACAUGCCGGUGUUCUUCCACAAUUUCGUCAAGCUCCACAUCCAUUGCAAAAUCCAAAUUUUGUUGGAUAUUUAACACUAACUAUAGCCGAAGCUAAAGUGAUUAAAAAUUUCGGUCUACUUGGAUUAUUAAAAAUGGAUCCUUAUGUAAGAAUACGACUGGGUCAUAUUGCUUAUGAGACACCCACAGCACAAUCCGGUGGAAAAAAUCCACAAUGGAAAGCAUCUUAUAGAAUAAAUUUAUUUAAAGGAAUGGAUGCAGUUUAUUUGGAAGUAUUUGACCGACGUAGUUUCACGGAAGAUGAGUUUAUCGGUGAAUGCAAUGUUCCAAUCACUCAGGAAGUGCUUAACGGUGAAACCAAACAAAGUUGGUAUACGCUGUUGGGAAAACAAAACCAGAAUGAAGGAGAUAUCCUCAUCAUUAUGUCAUUUGUGCCACAUCAAGCAGUUCAACAGCCGAAUCUUGAACAUCAAGUACCAUCAACUUUGACAAAUACUAAUAGUGGCAUGGGCACUGCAAUUGCCUCUCCUCAAAACGAAGUGCCUUCAGCAACACCAACAUCUCUCUCUCAAUCUCCUACUCGAUCAACUUCAACAAUUCCAAAAACUCAACCACCGGAUAAUAUUAUUCAUCAACAACAAAUAGCACAAACUCAUCAGCAACAAUUCCAGCUUUAUUCGCCAAACGACGUAAAAGAAUUACACGAAAUCUUUCCCACAGUCGAACAAUCUGUUAUCAAACAAUUAUUAGACACAAAUGGCGGAAACAAGGAUUUAGUUGUCAAUCAUUUAUUACAAAUGACUUCACAAUAG